CUUAUGUGACCGCGGCAAAAUUCCUCCUCAUCGAACAGUUCUUCUCUCAUAAAGACUUUUGGGUUCUACCCACGGUUUUGUGCCUUAGGGUUCCGCUCGUAGGGAAUCGUCUUUCAUCUGAUCUAUUUGCUGAUGGCGUCCGGUUCGUAUAGAGGUGGGGAUUUCUACGGAUCCGCACCCUUCAGAUCGAGGGAUGGGCUUAGUACAAGACCUGCUGUUGGUUCCGAUGAAAUUCAGUUGCGGAUUGAUCCAAUGCACGGGGACUUGGAUGAUGAGAUUACUGGCCUACGAAAACACGUUAAGCAAUUGAGAAACGUAGCUCAAGAAAUAGAAUCAGAAGCCAAGUCUCAGAAUGACUUUCUCGAUCAGUUGCAAAUGACAUUGAUCAAAGCCCAAGCAGGAGUGAAGAACAAUAUGAGAAGAUUAAACAAGAGUAUAGUUCAGUCAGGAUCUAGCCAUGUUAUACAUGUGGUUCUUUUCGCCCUCGUUUGUUUUACAGUUGUUUACUUCUUGGCGAAAAUCUCAAGAAGGUAAAGAUCCGAUUGUGCAGGUGUUUGCUCAUGUGUAUUAUAAUACUACCUCUUAUGCAUAUGAAGACUAUCACAUUCAUUAUGUCUUAUGAGGAAUUUGUUGAGAUAAGUUGUCACUGACUCGAAUCCGAAUCCAGUUGUUGUCAGAAUGAACCUAAUAUUUGAACAUUU